AUGGUGUUUUCCACCAUGACGUGUCAUUUCCUUCGUGACCAAAGCCGUAAUUUGAGCAACAAGGCACAUCUCCUAUCACAACCUCCAGCGGCGUCAAUAACAGCAACUGAACUUUUCUUAGUCCGCAUUCCAAUAGAGCGGAUUCCGCAUCCGAGAUAUGAAGUAAUUAUUCGGGCAAGCGAGGAAAAGAUACAGAGGUUCGUGUCUUCGACAUUUUUAAGAAACGGAACGUCAUUAGCGUUGGUGCACCAAACAAAGUCGUUUUUGGCAGGUAAAUGGUGGAUAUGUGACGAGUUAUAA